AUGAUUGUAUUUGGGAAUGGAAGAAAUAUAAUUUAUAUUAAAUGCUAAUGUGAAAUAAGUAUUUUAAAUUUUAUCUGCUCUGUUUAUGCUUGUUGCUUGUCAUUUCCUUUGCAAUCAAUAAUAUAAAUUUAUUCGUAUUUGGUGUAUAAACUAAAAAAAGGUUUAGUCAAUAGUUACUUGACUCUGAAUAAAAGUGUUGUAGUUAUUUUUCUAACUUCAAUUAGGUAAAUAAAGAAGUUUGUUAAUUUAUUGUUCUCCAACUAUAUUAUACUGUGUAACAAGGUCCAGCAGCUAACCUCAACUUUAACAGACAAUAGAUUGAAACAACAAUGGCUUCUAAAGAAGAUGAAACAUCAGGAGGAUCGGAGAAGGAAAGGUUAAGUCAUGAGAGACCGGGCGGGUCCCGGAUGCCAGAUGAUGAGGAUGGAACGGUAGAACUUAUCCGCCGCUACAUUGCUGAGAAGCUUGGAUUCUACAGUGAAGAGAGCACAGAUAAAUCCGAAAAACCAAAGGUUUUAGAUGAUGUUUCAUUAAAUGGUAUCGCAAAUCUUAUCAAAGAAGGGAAGUGCAAGAAUAUCAUUACAAUGGCUGGGGCAGGGAUAUCGACAUCUGCAGGAAUCCCGGACUUCAGGUCUCCGGGUUCUGGACUUUACCACAACCUGGAGAAAUACAACUUACCUAACCCACAGGCCAUAUUUGAGAUCGGAUACUUCCGCAAUAAUCCGCAGCCGUUCUUCACUCUGGCGAAGGAAUUGUAUCCGGGAACCUUCAAGCCGACUAUCUGCCACUAUUUUGUCAAACUGCUCCAUCAGAAAGGAGUUCUCCUCAGGCAUUAUACUCAGAACAUUGAUACCUUGGAGCGGGUAGCUGGUCUGCCUGGUGACAAGAUCAUUGAGGCACACGGAACUUUCUUUACGUCUCACUGUUUGGAGUGUCAGAAGGAGUACUCUGUGGACUGGAUGAAAGAGAAAAUCUUCCAAGACAGUGUUCCCACCUGUGUCCUGUGCAAUGGUGUGGUCAAGCCUGACAUAGUAUUCUUCGGGGAGUGUCUCCCACAGGAAUACUACACAAAGAGCGUUUCUGACUUCCCCAAGGCAGAUCUGCUCAUUGUGAUGGGCUCUUCACUGGCUGUACAACCGUUUGCCUCUCUCAUCGACAAUGUUGGCAACCAUUGUCCCCGGCUGCUGAUCAACAGAGAGAAGGCCGGGCACCGAGACAGGCUGAUGCGGAUGCUGGGGAUGGGUGGUGGCUUGGACUUUGACUCCGAUACCAACUCCAGAGAUGUCUUGUGGCUGGGAGACUGUGAUGUCGGAUGUCAACUUCUGGCGGACCAGAUCGGAUGGGGGGAGGAAUUAAGAGCAAUGGUGAAAGAGGAACACAAGAAAAUUGACGAAGAAAAGGCAAAAGAGAAAAAAAAUAAUGAAAUCGCAAAGAAACAGGAAGAAUCUCAGGAAACUUCAAAUAAGGAAAAUACUGAAUCUCCAUCCAAAAGUUGAGAAGUUUAAAUGUUAGUUUAAUUUUAUUUUUGUCUUGACUCUUCCAUAUUUAUCCAUAUACAUUUAAAUUUGUAUUAAUUUUGCCUUGUGCUGUGAUUUAUUGUAAAAUUAAAGGUAUAAUUUUGUUAUCUGUUUA